UUCCCCGAGCCUCGCACGGGACGAGACGGCAGACCCCUUCAACCCCCAACCCCGCGUCCCCGCCCCGAUCAAUACCGGUUAAGUAACUAACCCCUUCUUCCUCCCUUGUCCACUCCGCUUCUCCCCAUCCAAGAAACCGCGCCAGGACUUCCACCCAUCCAGGAGAAUCAAGAAGCCGGCGUACAGACCGAUCGACCCAUCGACCCUUGCCUGAGCCGCCGGCAGCAGGAGCCAUGAACAACCUCUUCUCCAGCUCGUGGAAGCGCGCGGGCGCGGGGGGCGACGGCGGGGACCUCGAGUCCGGCGGCGGCGGCGGCGGCGGCGUGGAGAUGACGGCGCCGCCGGGCGCCGCGGCGGGGGCGAGCCUGGACCGCUUCUUCGAGGACGUGGAGUCCAUCAAGGACGACCUGCGGGAGCUGGAGCGGAUCCAGCGCUCCCUCCACGACGGCAACGAGUCGGGCAAGUCGCUCCACGACGCCUCCGCCGUGCGCGCGCUCCGCUCCCGCAUGGACGCCGACGUCGCCGCCGCCAUCAAGAAGGCCAAGGUCGUCAAGCUCCGCCUCGAGUCGCUCGACCGGGCCAACGCCGCCAACCGCUCCGUGGCCGGGUGCGGGCCGGGCUCCUCCACGGACCGCACCCGCACCUCCGUCGUGGCCGGCCUGCGCAAGAAACUGCGGGACGCCAUGGAGUCCUUCUCCUCCCUCCGCUCCCGCAUCACCUCCGAGUACCGGGACACGGUGGCGCGGCGCUACUUCACGGUGACGGGGUCGCAGCCCGACGAGGCGACGCUGGACACGCUGGCGGAGACGGGCGAGGGGGAGCGGUUCCUGCAGCGGGCCAUCGCGGAGCAGCAGGGCCGCGGGGAGGUGCUGGGCGUGGUGGCGGAGAUCCAGGAGCGGCACGGCGCCGUGGCGGACCUGGAGCGGAGCCUGCUGGAGCUGCAGCAGGUGUUCAACGACAUGGCCGUCCUGGUGGCGGCGCAGGGGGAGCAGCUGGACGACAUCGAGGGCCACGUCGGGCGGGCGCGCUCGUUCGUCGACCGCGGGCGCGAGCAGCUCCAGGUCGCCCGCAAGCACCAGAAGAGCUCCCGCAAGUGGACCUGCAUCGGCAUCGGCAUCCUGCUCGUCGUCAUCCUCAUCAUCGUCAUCCCCAUCGUGCUCAAGAACACCAACAAGAGCAACAACAACAACGGCCAGCAGUAGGAUCUGCUCGUGAUGAUGAUCCUGACUUGCUUGCUUGCUGGGUGUUGUUGAUCGUUUUUUGUGGAAUUUUUUGCGAUUGUAAUUACUCCAUCCAUGUGGUUCGUUGAGCCACUCGAUUAUAUUAUAUGACUAUAUACUUUUCGGCGA